AUGUCACCUGCAGGCCAUGUGGGCCCUCUGCCACCUGCCCCGGGCACCGUGCCCGGCUCCUCAUGGGUUUUCAGCCCUGUUGUCUCUCCUGUAGCUGGGACCGUCCUCCCCGGGGGGUCCACGGUUGUCAACAGCUGCAGCAGCGCAGCCGAGCGGCUCUGCAACUUCGUCUGCGACUGCAGCGACUGCUCUGAUGAGAACCAGUGUGGGUAUCUGCGGGGCUCGGCUGCGCUGGGCACCCCCUUCACCUGUGAUUUUGAGGAAGGCGACUGCGGCUGGCAGGACGUGAGCACCUCAGCUUACAGAUGGGUGUGGGGCCGGGCCAGCCUGGCCGCGUGGGGCACAGGGCCCCACUCAGACCACACCAUGGGCACCGACCUGGGGUGGUUCAUGGUGACCGUGUCCCCCCCGGCAAAGGCCAUGGCCACAGCAUGGCUCAGGUCGCCAGUGAUGCGGGAAGCAGCCGCCACGUGCGAGAUCAGGGCCUGGUACCACCUCUCGGGAAGCGGUGAGGACACCCACGGGCUCAACCAGACAGAGCGGCCGGUGCUGCGCCUGGCCAUGGCAUACAGGGAUGAGGUGGUGGGGCUGUGGCAGAGCCCUGAGCACGGAGACGAGGGCUGGCACCAGCUGGUCGCCUACCCGGGCCGGAUUGCGGAGCAGUUCCAGCUGAUCUUCUCUCUGACACAACCGCCUGCGUGCGGGGCAGAGCUGGCGCUUGACGACAUCGUCUUCAGCAACUGUGGCUUGCAGGAGUCCGGGCAACAGGUCUGUGGGGCAGAGGAGAGCUGCUGCCGCCGGGGCUCCCGCCUGGCACAGCACCGCUUCUGUGACGGCACCGACGACUGCGGGGACGGCUCAGACGAGGACGCAAUGCGGUGCAAGUCCUUCACCCUCUGCUCCUUUGAGCAAGGUCUCUGCAGCUGGGAGGCGGAGGUCGGGCAGCCAGCGUGGGAGAGGAACACGAGCCUGAACCUGGGGACCGCAUAUGGCAUCCCCACCCGGGACCACAGCAAUAACAGCAGGGCGGGUUUUUUCCUCCACGUGGGCAGCGCAUCAGCCGCAGGGGCAGGCGGCACGGCACGGCUCAGCAGUCCCACUUUCCAGGCCACCAACUCCUGCUCUCUCGUGCUGUACUGCCACCUCCAUGGCUCAGCCACCAGCACCCUCAGCAUCUCCUAUGUGACCAACUCCACCAAGCACCUGGUGAGGGAGAGGAUGGGGGACCUGGGCAGCUGCUGGGUCCGGGAGAGAGUGGACUUCAACGUGACGGGGAGCUUCAAGGUGCUGAUCGAGGGGGUGGCCAGCGGUGCAGGGACCGUGGCCAUCGAUGACCUGAUCCUGUCUCCGGGCUGCAUUCGGGAGCAGGACAAGCCUUCGACCACACUGCCGAGCCGGGCGGGUGCCGGCCCCUGUGCGGCCAAGGAGGUGGCCUGCGACAGCGGGGGCUGCAUCAGCGAGGAGCUGGCCUGCGACUUUGCCGAGACAUGUGCCGAUGGCUCCGAUGAGAAGCGCUGUGGAGCGACCACCUUCGAGGCAGGGGCUGGGGGCUGGCACGACGUCAGCGUGGGGCGGCUGCGCUGGGGCGUGCAGAAGGCCACCGAGCCUGCCGACACCGUCCUCACAGGGGCUUUCCUGGCCCUCCAGGCAGGAGAAGGACAACUGGUGGCUCCUGCAAAGGCACGCACGCCUCUGCUGGGCCCCUCCGGCCCCGCCUGCGCCAUGGAGAUGAGCUACCGCAUCCACAGCGGCCCCCAAGGCUUCCUCGCCGUCAGCAUCACGGAUCACACCACUGGGACCACCCACCUGGCCUGGCACACGCAGGGGCACAAUGGCAUAGCUGGGGGACAUGUCCACAUCCCACUGGGGGAGAGGAGACGGCCCUUCCAGGUCGAACUGCUGGGGCUGGUGGAUCUGCAGGACUCGGCGAGCGCCGCUGUCGACAAUGUGACGUUCGUGCAGUGCCACCCCGACGUGGUGCCACCGGGGGCCGCGGAGCUAUCCUGCAACUUCGAGAGAGGCAUGUGCGGCUGGUACCAGGACCAGUCCAGUGACUUCAAAUGGGUCCGCAGCACAGGGCAGGGGCAGGGCUCCGACCACACCACUGGCUCAGGCUACUUCUUGGCCGCGGAUCCCUCUGCGCCGUGGAGCCACGGGCAGCGGGCACAGCUCGUCACCUACCGCCAGGAGCCCGCCACCGCCCCGCGCUGCCUCUCCUUCUGGUACCGCUUGGCCGGCCCGCAGAUCGGCACCCUGAACCUCAAGCUACGGUUGGAGGGAGCAGAGGACACAGUGCUGUGGACCCGGCGGGGGACCCACGGCAGCAUCUGGCACCGGGGAUGGGCGACGCUGCCUGCCACAGGCCGGCAGCAGUACCGGGUGGCCUUUGAGGCCGUGCGGGAUGGGUUCCUGGGGGACGUGGCGUUGGACGACCUGGCGCUGACGGCGGGGCCCUGCGGGGCUGAGCUCUCCUGCUCCUUCGAGGCAGAUGCCUGCGGGCUGGCAGCCAGCGGGCAGCACAUCUGGCUGCGGCAGAGCAACGGCACCGGCACCACCACCGGCCCUCUGGCCGACCACACCACCGGCACCGCCGCAGGCCAUUACAUGGUGGUGAGCACAGGCAGGGGCUCCCUGCCUGCGGGGCGCACGGCUACCCUCACCUCCCAGCCCUACCAGCCCUCCACCCCUGCCCAGUGUCUGGCGUUCUGGUACCAGCUGAGCGCAGGGACCCCAGGCUCCCUCGGUGUCUUCGUGGAGCAGAACGGGGUGCAGAGGAAGGUGAUGGGCGUGAGCACCAUGGAGGGGAAUGCCUGGCACCGUGGCCAAGUCACUGUCCAGCCGGACGGGGACUGGCAGGUGAUAUUCGAGGCGGUGGGAGCUGGAGGCGACCAUGGGUACAUCGCGCUGGACGACCUGCACUUGUCAGACGGAGCCUGCCCUGAGCCAGCGUCCUGUGACUUCGAGUGGGACACGUGCGGCUGGAACAGCCCCUUGGACCCUCGCCUGCACAGCUUUGCCUGGGGCUGGAAAAGUGGGGUCGCCCUUACCAAGUACCCCGGCCCCGAGCAGGAUCACACGCUGGGCACAAGGGAUGGUCACUAUGUGCACUUCGACACCAGUGUUCUGGGCUCGGGGGGCACCACUGCUCGGCUGGAAAGCCAGCACCUGCCUGCUGCUGCCGACUCCUGCCUGCAGUUCUGGUACCACAUGGACAUCCCGGAGCACCUCUCCAGCGGGGAGCUGCGGGUGAUGCUGCACAGCACAGUGGGGCAGCGCACGGUGUGGAGCGUGGCGGGGCACCGGAGCCGGGGUUGGAGGGGCAGCAUGGUGCCCGUGCAGAGCCCUAGCGAGUUCCAGAUCAUCUUUGAGAUCACCACGUGGAGGUGGCCGAUGCAGGGGACGGUGGCCCUGGACGACAUUGUGUACAGCACCGGGGGGGGCUGCCAUUCCAGCCCAGAGGUGCCAGUGGAAGAGAAAUCCUUUGGCAGCUUUGUGGCAGAGGUGGUGCUCAUUCUUCUCCUGGCCAUCAUCGUCCUGGCGCUGGUGGCUGCUGGAGGCCGGUACUGGCUGAAGCGGCAAGGGCUGGCAAGCGGGACACCAGCGGAGAGCAGUGCUCCCCAGGGCUUCGAUAACAUCACUUUUCGAGAUGACAAGGUCAUUAUAUCUCCGGUGCCAAAAGAGGGGGAUGAGGAUUGA